AUGUUAAUUCACAAAUUCGACCCACUCCUCACUGUCCAAAUUAUUGGUUCUUAUUUGGAUAUGAUGAAUAUUGAUGGUUGGAUGCCUAGAGAAAUAGCUAUUGGCUCUGAAGCUGAAGCACGCAUUCCAGGCACUUUUCUAGUUCAAGAAGAUUGGGUUGCUAACCCUCCAAUGUUUUUCUAUUUAAUGAGGGACUUUAUUUCUGAUAAAGAGUUAUUCCGUCGUUAUGGCCCUGAAUUGAAAAGAAUGUACCCAAGAAUGAAACAACUUUAUUUGUGGCUCAGGAAUAGUCAAGGUGGGCCAAAACCAGGCACUUUUCGUUGGCAUGAUAGAAAUGCAACUACAAAUAUGGAAUUAAACCCAUGUUCCCUAGCCAGCGGUUUUGACGACUUCCCCAGGGCCACACACCCAACAGAAAAAGAAUACCAUGUAGAUUUACGUUGUUGGAUGGCUAUGAGUUCUUCCGUUUUGGUUGAUUUAGCUAGACAAUUUGGGGAUGAAGAAUUCUUACCGGCAAUUGAAAGAGAAUCUGAAACACUUAAUGAUGUUGAGAGUUUGGAUAAAUUGCAUUGGUCUGAAGAUAAACAACAAUAUUGUGAUUAUGGAUUACACAGUGACUCUGUUAAAUUAGUACCAGAAACAACGCCAGAAGGAGACACCAUUUUAGUACGUAAAGUACUUAAAGAACCUCAGUAUAAAUUUGUUGAAAAUGUAAAUGGAUAUAGUAAUUUAUUUCCUCUAUUUAUGCGUAUUUUGCCUGCAAAUUCACCACAUAUUGGGCCUUUACUUAAACAAAUGAGAGACCCUGAACAAUUUUGGACAGAUUUUGGAUUACGUUCAAUAUCAACACUUUCACCUUAUUACUUUACUUGGAAUUCUAAAUCAGGGUCGCCUUAUUGGAGAGGGCCUGUUUGGAUUAAUAUGAAUUAUUUUGCGAUCGCAGCUCUAAAACAUUAUUCGCUGAUUGACGGCCCUUUUAAGGAGGAAGCUGGUCGUUUACAUUUUGAAUUGCGUGACAAUUUGUUGAAGAAUGUAGCGAUGCAGUACGAAAAAACUGGAUUUUUGUGGGAGACAUAUAACGAUAAAAAUGGGCAAGGAGAAGGCAACCAUCCUUUUACGGGCUGGACAACUUUAAUAUUAAAGAUUUUAUCUAAUACUUAUUAA